AUGAUAACAGGAAAUGAAAUGGAAGUGAAUCGUCCAGUGAAAGUGGAAGAUUUAUGUUUGAAGCAAUCAAGACAUGCUCGUAGAAAAAGAUUAGAAAUCAAACGGUUGAAAUCGUCUUUUCCUUCUGAUGAUCAUGAUCCUGAUCAUGUUGAGGAUAAUAGAACAAGUUGUGGGAUGGGAAUGAUGAAGAGAAAUAUGAAGAUGAAACUAGGGUUCUGUGGUGGUAUUAAUUACAACAAGGUAGUACCAGCUUGUGAGGGAAAUAUUAUUGAUCAAACAACACAAACUGAUCAUCAUGAUCAUGAUAAGAGGGAUGGAUUAAGAAGAGAGAUGGAAGAUACUGUUACUAUAAUACCAGGAUUAAUAUCUUCGUUAAAGAUUAAUCGUCAGUUUAAUCAUGGUUAUGGAUUUAACCUUGAUGAUGGGGUUAUGGAAAUGAAGUAUGAUUUUUAUGCGGUGUAUGAUGGGCAUGGUGGAUCGGGAGUAGCUAACGUAUGUAGAGAUCAGUUACACAGAGUUCUUGUGAAUGAGAUUGAAUCAUGUGAUGGUGAUGAGAUUGAUUGGGAAAAUGUUAUGGUGAGUCUUCAUGAAGAUGGAUGA